GGGGGGGACGCGGCUGCUCGGCACGCGUGUCUCCGCGUGUGGCGACGAGAUGACAAUCCUGCGUCGUGCCCGACAUUGCGGGGACAGUCGAAGUGGCCUGACUACCUGCCGGCGACGGAAUCGCCCGUGCGAACCGGAUGCGAGGGACCGUUCAGGUUGAAGGAGCGUGAACCUGCGACAUGACGAAGUCGCCACCCGCGUCUAAGCUGGCGCCAUACAGCACUGCGUGUAACAACACCGUCGUCGCCAGGGUAACACGCCGCCUCGACCGGAAGCAGCGCUACGUCAUUCUGGGUUCCCUCCUAUCAUGGGCGGCGCUGCUCGCGGUUGCCUACAUAUGGGGUCCCUCUACCGUCAGGUUGAUGAAAAGCAGUGGCGAAGCCUUGCGAGCGACGCUGGACUUGAACUUCAAGAAGACCGUCUACUUCUUCCGAGGCGACUACUUUAUCUUGACUGCGGGCGGCCAGUGGGUGCUAACUGUGGGCAGCUAUUGGUUGCUGGGACUGCUCUUCUUGGUUGCUGACGCGAACGAGGCAUUUUCGUGGCUGAGGAGGUACAAGGUACAAGCGACAGAAACGAAGCCGACCCUUCAAGAUUUGGUUCCAGUGGUGCGGCAGGUGGUGUUCAAUCAGGUCUUCGUUCAGCUGCCUGUCAAUGUUCUCUUCUACUGGCUGAAGGAUUUGCGCGGCUUUGACCGGAGCCUAAGACUACCACCCUUGUCUCGCGCCGUGGCGCACUUCGCCUGCUUCGUCGCAAUCGAAGAGGUGCUGUUCUACUAUUCGCACAGGCUUCUGCACCACCGGCUGCUGUACCAGCGCUUCCACAAGAAGCACCACGAGUGGACGGCGCCCGUGGCUAUCACUGCCGUCUACUGCACGCCUCUCGAGCACCUGCUCUCCAACGUCCUGCCCGUGGUGGUAGGGCCCGCGCUGCUUGGAUCGCACCUGAGCGUGCACUGGCUGUGGGCCGUGCUCACGGCGCCCUACGGAGUCAUCGUGCACUCGGGAUACCACCUGCCGCUGCUGCCAUCCCCUCAGAUGCAUGACUUCCAUCACUUGAUGUUCCGAGGAAACUACGGCAUUCUGGGAAUCCUGGACUGGCUGCACGGCACGGACGGAGCCUUCAGACAGAGCGAAGCCUACCAGAGGCACCGGCUGCUGCUGUCGUUCAGGCCCGUCCACGAGCUGUAUCCGGACACAGGCCGACGCGAUUUACUGACCGAACGGCGACCAACGACGCAGCCGCAUGGCUGACGCCGCUGAAGCGUGCGCGCAUUCCUUUCUUUGUGUUAUUUGCCCAUUUAUGAUACCACUGCAUGUCGUCUGGGAUCGCCUCGAAGACCUGGCUGGACGGACUGCGACACGACGAUUAAGGUGGCCUUGUGAUAAGCGAUGGAAAAAGAAAAUUGCGAAUGUCGAGCGCUGCCGUCAUUAACAUCACGCUGUUGGCUGUUGGGUUCAACUCGUUGCUGGUUCAUAACUUUUUUUUCGCGUGCCUGAUGUUCUCUCCACUCAUCCUUCCAUCUUUAUUUCUCUUUCCCUUAGUGUAGGGUAGAAAACCGGUUGUUGUAAUUCUGGUUAGCUGUUCCCUCACUGUAUUAUCUCACUCUCUCUCACCUUCCUUAAAGCACUAUAAUUUAAUACAAGCCAGACAUUCAGUAAGACGGCUAGUGCUAAAAUCAAUCAAUCAAUCAAUCAAUCAAUCAAUCAAUCAAUCAAUCCCAAAACACCGGUAUCUAUCUAUCUAUCUAUCUAUCUAUCUAUCUAUCUAUCUAUCUAUCUAUCUAUCUAUCUAUCUAUCUAUCUAUCUAUCUAUCUAUCUAUCUAUCUAUCUAUCUAUCUAUCUAUCUAUCUGUCUGUCUGUCUGUCUGUCUGUCUGUCUGUCUGUCUGUCUGUCUGUCUGUCUGUCUGUCUGUCUAUCUAUCUAUCUAUCUAUCUAUCUAUCUAUCUAUCUAUCUAUCUAUCUAUCUAUCUAUCUAUCUAUCUAUCUAUCUAUCUAUCUAUCUAUCUAUCUAUCUAUCUAUCUAUCUAUCUAUUUAUCAAAAUAAAUGUAUUCUGAGAGCUUGCUUUAACGACCUCGACAAUGCAGGACAUUUUCGCCGACAGUAGAGCAAAUUUCUGCCGACAAAAACACUUGGGCUUUCGAGGUAGGGUACGGGGGAACAACUAUUUUAAUAAUGGUUCCGCGCUCGUCGCGAAUUACUUCAUCUUUUUUCCCCUCGCGUGUGCUGAAUGCGAAUGCACGGGUGACGACUGGCGGAAAGUGCGCUUCCCCGCUGGACAUGUCCGUGGUCACGUACGGCGUUAAGUCGCAGAAAGAAGGGAGGAGAGGAGGAGAACAAGGCGCGAGAGGCGCGGAGGCUGCUCGGUCUGGAGCCCUUAGCGAAAAUAAAUCUCUCGAGUUCCUCCAGAUUGUCUGUGAAGUCGCUCCCGAGAUUUCGAGUCUGAAACUCGGAAAGCGAUUCUGUCGGCGUGCUUUGAGCGGUGCAGUCGACUGAGAUAAUCAUACGCGAGGCAAGCUGUUUAUUUUGUUCUGCUGCGUUAUUAAAGUCUGUUCACUCCGCGUGGAACAAACUGAGUCACUCGAACUCUGUUUCACGAGCUUAGUAACUACGAGUGCGAGCGAUGCUCUGGUUCCGAGUGUACUACAAAUGAUCGUGACCUAUAAACAUUAAAGUACGGCAGUGCAUCGAAGUAUCGUUUGCCUAAGCUUGCGCGAGGGGUCAGCGGUUAAAUUUUUUUACUCAAUGGGUGGUUGCUCUGGUUAUGUUGCUCUUGUGUGAAGCAAGUACACUUAAGUCAUAGCCCCUGUGUA